CAACUCCCCCGCCAGCCCGCCACCAGAUGUAGAAGGAGGGCACGGCCUGUGUAAGCUGCGGCGUGUUUUCUUCUUAGGCCAGCGAUGCCCCGCACCGUCUUGCUGCAGACUCCUUUGCUCUGUCGUGCCACUCGAUCCGCUGUCUCUGUCUCGACAAGACGACCGUUCGAGAUACCCAGAAGCUUCUCUCUUGCGUCGCAGACUGCCCCUCCUUGCCUCCGCCGCCACUACCUGACAGACGCGAUCCGCGCCCAUCAAGCCAAGAAGAUGGCUCCUCAACUCGACGGCUACUUCAAGCAGGUCGACGCCUCGGCCAACGACUUCAUCGAGCGCCUCCGCAAGGCAGUUGCUAUCCCCUCUAUUUCCGCCGAGGAUGCCCGCCGUCCGGAUGUCGUCCGCAUGGGCGAGUGGCUCGCCGGGGAGCUCAAGGCUCUGGGCGCCGAGGUGGAGCUGAGGCCUCUGGGCAAGCAGCCUCAUAAGGAGCACCUCGACUUGCCCCCCGUCGUUCUCGGCCGAUACGGCAACGACAAGAAUAAGCGCACGAUCCUCGUCUACGGCCACUACGAUGUACAGCCUGCCGAGAAGAGCGAUGGCUGGGCCACGGAGCCCUUCAACCUAACCGUCGAUGACAAGGGCCGCAUGUUCGGUCGUGGUGCCACUGACGACAAGGGCCCCGUCCUGGGCUGGCUCAACGCCAUUGAGGCUCACCAGAAGGCUGGCGUCGACUUUCCCGUAAACCUGCUCAUGUGCUUCGAGGGCAUGGAGGAGUAUGGUUCCGAGGGUCUGGAUGAUUUCAUCCAGGCCGAGGCCAAGAAGUAUUUUGCUGACACUGACGCCGUGUGCAUCUCCGACAACUACUGGCUGGGAACCGAGAAGCCCUGCCUGACCUACGGCCUUCGAGGCUGCAACUAUUAUUCCCUUGAGGUUUCCGGCCCUGGCGCGGAUCUCCAUAGCGGUGUCUUCGGCGGCACCGCCCAGGAGCCCAUGACCGACCUGGUGCGCCUCCUGGGCUCCCUGGUCGACACCCACGGCAAGAUCCAGAUCCCCGGCAUCAUGGAGCAGGUUGCUCCUGUCACCAAGGAAGAGGAGGGCCUCUACGAUGGAAUCUCUUUCACCAUGGACAACAUCUUCGAGUCCCUUGGCAGCAAGACCACCAUUCACGAUGAUAAGAAGAACACCCUCAUGGCCCGCUGGAGAUACCCUUCCCUCUCCGUCCACGGCAUCGAGGGUGCCUUCGCCAGCCCCGGCGCCAAGACAGUCAUCCCGGCCAAGGUCAUUGGCAAGUUCUCCAUUCGCACCGUGCCCAACAUGGACAUCGACACCACCAACAACUGCGUAUACAAGUAUGUCGAGGAGCAGUUUGCCAAGCUGGGCAGCAAGAACACCAUGAAGGUAUUUGCCCAGCACACGGGCAAGUGGUGGGCCGCGUCGCCCAAGCACUGGAACUUUUCCGCCGCUGCCAAGGCCACCGAGCGCGUCUGGGGCGUUCAGCCCGACUUCACCCGCGAAGGCGGAAGCAUUCCCGUCACACUGACAUUCGAGGAGGCGACGGGCAAGAACGUUUUGCUCUUGCCCAUGGGCAGCUCCACGGACGGUGCUCACUCCAUCAACGAGAAGCUAGACAAGCGUAACUACAUUGAGGGCAUCAAGCUGCUGGGCGCCUACUUGCACUACGUUGCCGAGGAGCCGCAGGAGUAGGAUGCAUGACUACGCAGUGAUGUAAAGUAGCAACCAUAUGCAUUGCCCAAAGCUGGGUCAAAUAGGGACUUUCAAGCGUAACGUCGGCAGCAGUGAAACAUUUGAUGAGUCUGUCAACGAG